UGCAAUCGUGGGGAAAGGUUCACCUGUUGAAUGUCAUUUGUGCCGCGGUUCCAGGCGCCAGAAUCGGUCUAUGACAGCGACCUAAGGCCACCCGCAGCCUCUUUUCUUCUCGCCUUCUGGGCCCUCCUGUUCCUUUCCCUUCCCUCCGGGGGGGCGGUCCGGACGCUUCUUGCCCCUCCCACCCUCGGCUUUGCCUGCGUUGCCAUCGCUCGCCGGCGCCUGAAUUUCUUCCGGCGGGCUUUUGCGCGCGUGUGAUUCGACUGGAGGCUCUGCCAGGGAGCCGCCGUUGACGUGCGGGAGGCGGCCGCGGAGCGGGGCGCUUGUUCUUGGGAAAAUGUCAGCAGAUAUUCCACUCAACAUCAAUAUCAAAGAGCCUCGCUGGGAUCAAAGCACAUUUGUUGGACGAGCAAGUCAUUUCUUCACUGUAACAGAUCCUAGGAAUAUUUUGUUAUCCAAUGAACAAUUAGAAAAAGCAAGAAAAAUCGUGCAUGAUUACAGACAAGGUAUUGUGGCCUCUGGAUUGACAGAAGAUGAACUAUGGAGAGCGAAAUAUAUCUACGAUUCAGCCUUCCAUCCAGAUACUGGUGAAAAGAUGGUCUUGAUUGGCCGCAUGUCUGCUCAGGUCCCCAUGAACAUGACUAUUACUGGCUGCAUGAUGACCUUUUAUAGAACUACUCCAGCGGUGGUCUUCUGGCAGUGGAUUAACCAGUCAUUCAAUGCCAUUGUAAACUAUACCAACAGGAGUGGAGAUGCUCCAAUUACUGUCAGCCAGCUGGGAACAGCCUAUGUUUCUGCUACCACAGGUGCUGUUGCAACUGCUCUAGGACUUAAUGCACUAACAAAGCAUGUCUCACCUCUUAUAGGACGUUUUGUUCCUUUUGCUGCUGUAGCUGCUGCUAACUGCAUUAAUAUCCCUUUAAUGAGGCAAAGGGAACUAAAGUAUGGUAUUCCCAUUACAGACGAAAAUGGAAAGCGAUUGGGUGAAUCGUCCAAAGCUGCACAACAGGCCAUUGUGCAGGUGGUUAUAUCACGGAUCCUUAUGGCUGCUCCAGGCAUGGCCAUUCCCCCCUUCAUAAUGAAUUCUUUGGAAAAGAAGGCAUUUUUAAAGAGGUUCCCAUGGAUGAGUGCCCCCAUUCAGGUGGGCUUAGUUGGCUUCUGUUUGGUGUUUGCAACACCUCUAUGCUGUGCAUUAUUUCCACAGAAAAGUUCCAUGUCUGUAACACGUCUGGAGCCAGAAUUACAAGCCAAGAUCCAGAAGAUCAACCCUGAAUUGGAGCGUGUAUAUUUUAACAAAGGCUUAUAAUUUAUAGAAGACAAAAUAUCCCUCAGUGACAAUUAGGUGAACUUAUUUUUGAUUGUAAAACAACCUUGGUGAAGGCAACUUGGUCACAAUGUAUUAUUUCAAUUUUACACAUUUUUGAACACUGAGGUUGUUUAAGCGUUGCAAGAGAAUGUUCAUAAUUGUGGUUUCAAAUGGCUGUGAAUGCCAUUACUACACUGUCCACUUUGUAGGCUUUGGUUAUGCAGCUGCCAAUAUUCAAAACAGUUUACAUUAGCCCAAAAUGUGACUUUGUUCCAUAUCCUUGAUAUUGGGUUCAUAGGUUGCCUUAUAUCCUUACAUAACAGGUAUUUGGGGAUGGGGGGUGCUGUGUGUGAGAACUUGAGUGCUGUGGAGCAAGGAAAAGGAAUCUUGCCCCAACUUUCUGGGAUUGCUUCUUAUCACUCAACUAAUACAAAGAACGCUGCAUGAAACUGGUAAUCAUAAAAUAGUUAGUCUCUGAUAUUGUGCAAAGCCCCCACAAAACUUGCCAAAUGGUAAAGUAAUCAUUGGGAACUAUCAGUGUAACUGACCUUGUAAAUUGGGCCCUGGAACCUAUCCAAAUAUUGAGCAAAAUACAUGGUACAAUCCUCUCAUUAUGCAGCAGGGGUUGCAGUUUGAAUGUGUCCUGUGUUAAAAUUUGCUUGCAUGUGUAAAGUUAUCAUUUUGUGCUAACUAUGUAAGUGCAGAAAAAAUUGCCAUGUUCACCAUUUGAAUUAGCUCUUAGUUAUGGUGCCUGUCAUCCUACAGAAAUGGGCAAAAUCCUGUAGGGAUUUUCUAAUGGCUGCCCAUCUUUAUUUGUGCUGUCUAAUUGGUGACAGUCACCAAAUUCUGGAAAAAAAGCAAGGGAUUGGAUUUACGCAUUACGUCAAUGAGUUUCAGUUGACUUAAGUGUCAUGUUUUCCCAGAAAUGGAAAUAUAUUAAUUUUAUAUUUCUUAGCCUUAUUUUCUCAUAUCUGAUCAUCAGUAAACAACAUAACAUCCUUGAGACAAUAUUUUAAGCCCAGUCACACAAAAACACCAUGCUGCUAAAAUCUAUAGUGAGAGUGCCCUGUUUUAGCUUUCCCCCCCUCAAAUGAGUUGCUAUAUAGCAGGGUUUUUUUAUCAUAUUGAUUGUUGUUGCUCAGCUGUUUAAUUCUCAGAAGCACGGGCAUUUUUAUGACACUUUUAAUCAACUGCUUAUUGAUUUAAGGCUUCUUAUUAUGUUUUGCAAUCCUUAUUUAUACAAUGAUCCUGUGAAGUAGGCUGCUGCUAUUUCUCAUUCUACAGAACUGGAAACCAGGCCAAGAUAUAGCAGCCUUCUCCCCCAAUUCCAUCCUUAAAAAUGCCAUCUAGCAAGGCUAUGUCUCAGUUAAGAUUUUAACCCAGGCACUAAUUCUCUGUUCAGUGGAUCAUGCUGGUUCACUCUGCACAAAUCACUGGAAAAUCAUCAACAUUUCACUCUAAUUUCAGUGUGCCUGACAUACAUACUCCAUUAAUACUACUUACUAUUUCACUUACAGUACCCAUUUGUAAUGUCACAUGGAGCCCCCUUUGUAUUGGUAUGAAUAGAUCUAGCUGUGUACUCAGUGGAGUUGUUACCCAACAUAGCCUUUGUCCGUGUUCAAAAUAAGACACAGUGAGUGUUGACCCACCCAUUUUACAUGAUAUCUAAUGUCUAGAUGUGUUAGAUACAACAUAGAAUUGAAAUGUGCCAUAUAGUAGAGAUUUGUUUAGUUGCAGGUGAUGCUUAUCUUUGAACUGGAAGGAGAAGCAGAUUUAUGCUUGAUCUGAAAAUUUGCUCUGAAAGACACACACACACACACCAACCAACCAACCAGAAAGUGGGAUUUGCAGUGUAAAGUCAGUGGUUUUCAAACUGUUUUCCAGGAAGACCUGCGGUUGCUUGGAAGCAUAUCAUCAGUUUCUUGGUGAUAAAAUCAAUAAUAGGAGACAAACUUUCCUGAAAGACAACUUACUAAGCACUACCUAUCUUCCCUGCAGCAUACAGGAGAUGAUCUCGCAUACUGUAAGUUUCACUCUCUGCUCACUUGAGGCAAUUUAUUUUAUUUAUUAUUAUUUUAUUCAAUUUAUAUACCGCCCACAGCCCGGGGCUCUCAGGGCGGUGCACAACAUAGAUAAAAUACAAUAAAAUUACAAAAACAGUAAAAUAUACAUUAUUAAACAAGUAAACAGCCAGAUAUACAUUAAAAGCACAAAUAGAUUAAAAUGCCUGGGAGAAUAAAAAGGUUUUAACCUGGCGCCGAAAAGAUAAAAGUGUAGGCGCCAGGCGCACCUCAUCGGACAAACUGUUCCAUAAUUCGGGGGCAACCACUGAAAAGGCCCUAGAUCUUGUUACUACCCUCCGAGCUUCUCUGUGAGUCGGAGCUCGGAGGAGGGCCUUAGAUAUUGAACGCAGUGAACGGGUAGGUUCAUAUCAGGAGAGGCGUUCCGCUAGGUAUUGUGGUCCCGCACCAUGUAAGGCUUUAUAAGUCAAAACUAGCACUUUGAAUUUGGCCCGGAGAUGAUCUCGCAUACUGUAAAUUUCACUCUCUGCUCACUUGAGGCAACAAGCACAUAGGCCUGGCCAGAGCCCCAGAUGAACUGCUUGUAUGCUCUAGAACAGCGGUGGCUAAUGUGUGCCCCUCCACAUGUUGCUGGACUGCAUUUCCAUAUUCCCUGACCAUUAGUACUGCUGACUAGGGAUGGGGUUUGCUAACUGAUUCCGUUCCAUUUUUCAGUUUGUCAAAUAUGCUGCCAGUUUCUAUUAGCUAUAAUUUGUGUUCCACUAGUUAUGAUUCCCAGUUCUCCUUUUUUAUUUUUUCUGAAAAGUUAUGUAAUUUUCUCCAUUGUUCCUUAUGCUGCUCUAUAUUUAUAUAAUGUAUACAGCAGCAGAUUACAAAAAUAAUUAUGUAAAUAAUUACAUAAUUCUCACCAUGGAUUUAUUUUUUAAAAAAUGGUGUUAAUAACAGCUGCGAACACACACAAAGAGUGGGAACCUGUUCAACAAUGACACAAAUUUGCAGAUCAUCCCAGAAUUCGAUACCAAAUCUGAUCUUGCGAAUAUUCUACAACAUCUCUAGUGCUAGCUGAUGCUGAUAGAAUCCAACAUAAUCUGUGGGGCCACAGCACACCUGAGCUCUGGAACAUGCUCCCAAAGUUUCUCUGUUACUUUGGGAAAUUCAUCAGCAGGGCUGUUUGAUAUGGAAACAAGUCCCUGAAUAUAAAGAGUUUGGAAACACUGGGGACAUUGUGAUUUUAUGAAUUGUUUUUAAAAUUGCUGUCAGUAUUGCUAACCUCAUGCAGCUUUCUUAGCCUACAUCAGCAGUGUUCUUCAACUUUGGGUCCCCAGGAAAUGUUGGACUAGGGCUGCUUUCACACUGCACUUCAUUCCAUUAUUCUGAUGAUUUCUUACCUGGUAAUUUGUGUAUUAUAUUUGAUCUUUCACACGAUGUACAAGCUAGCUCUGGAAUUCUAGUGGAAUGUAGUGCACUUUUAGCACAAAUUUCCAUAAUAAAUGAUACCAGAAAUAAUCUGUUAGCAAGGAUGGAAACCUGGAAGAUUGCGGGAGUUUUUCGCUAGCUGCAGCCGCUCAUGUGACAGGCAUCCCAGCAUGCAGUGCGUUCCCACCCUUUAGUCAUGCAUGGGGUUUUUUUUCCUGACAAAAAUUGUACCGGUAUUCUGGCAUCAGCGCAGCUAGCAGCAGCAUUUCCCGCACCCACCCCUGUCGAUACAACUAAAAUAAUUUUAGAAGUCAGAUCCUAAAGGGAGAGGGCUUGCAUGGCAACAGGAUGAGAUCCUAGACCCACCUACACAAUGGAGAACAGUGUGCAUGUGUAUAAUGGGUGAGGGACAAAAACUAGCCAUGUGAAAGACAAUUGUGCAAAAUGCCGGUAUAUUGGCUGAAAAAACUGCUCUUCCUUAACACAACAGGUACUGCAAUGUGAAAGGGAUUUUGGCAAUCUGGACAGAAGUGUUACCUUUUUAAUCCAUUAAACUAACGCAAUCAGCCACAUGUGUGAAAAGCAGCCUACAAUUCCCAUGAUCCUUUGACCAGUGGCUAGGCUAGCUGGGGAUGAUGGGAGUUGUAGUCCAAGAACAUCUGGGGACCCAAGAUUGAAUAACAGUGAUCUAGACCCGGGUUCAAAUCCCCACACAGCCAUGAAGCUGACUGGGUGACCUUGGGCCAGUCUCUCAGCUUCAGAAGAAGACAAUGGUAAACCACCUCUGAAUACCGCUUAGCAUGAAAACCUAUUCAUAGGGUUGCCAUAAGUCAGGAUUGACUUGAAGGCAGCCCAUUUCCAUUUCAGAGUAUCCUGCACUUCUCCCCUCACUGUCACACUUCAGCACUAGUUGGGAAAAUGAUAGUGUGACAUCUUUUGCCUCUAAACAGGAGUGACAGGGCAGGAGAGAGACACUCCUGUGACACCGUGGAAUGGUGAACUACAUUUGUGCCCAUUUCAAAAUAGUUAGGGCCAAGGGGCAAUUCUGCUGUAUGGUCAAAGAAUUGUAAAGGCUACACGUGGCUUCGACUUGUGGAAUUGUUCUAGUUCAGACACAGUCUUUUUAACAUUUUCUAGUAGCCUUGUCAUAUCAUAUCUACUCAGAAGUAAGUCCCUCUGAGUUCACUGGGGGGCUUGCCAUCUGGUAAAGAGGCUUAGGACUUUGACAUAGGUUGCCCUGACUUGGUUUUCCUAGUGAAUUCGGGGGGGGGGUAAAUAUUUAUGUAAGAGAAGUAAUGAAAUGAAAUCUGCACUUCAGUUGAGCUUUUUUCUUGAAUGAAUUGCAAGUUAACAUAUUUCACGGCUACAGAAAGAAUUUAAUAAUUUCAAUCUCCUAUUUAAAGGGCUUGAUUUUGAAAACAAAAAUCUGAAAUUUUCCAAUAGAAGUUCUUCUUAGUUUAUUGAUCCGUUCUAUGUAACCUCAGUAUUUUUGGAAAAAUUUGGUAUUCGCAAGUGUGCUUGUAGCACAAAGCGCUGUAUCCAACUAAAUAAUUGCACAUGAGGAACAACUUCUGUGAGCACAACAGAACGUCACCUUCCUACCCUCCAAAUCUGCUCUAAGGGUUCCUGAGGCCUCUAGAACAGAUUUACAGGUGGUGUGGCAGAGAUGCAGCAGAGGAAAGGGAAGGGGGGUGUCAUUGUGCUCACUGAAGCCUUUCCGUGCAUGCUUUUUAGUUGUAUAUGACCCAAAGAUUUUUGCUGAUAGAUUUUGCCAAGAUAAAAGAAGAUUCUUUUGACCGAUGGAAGUACAUGAAUGGUGUGUGUUUGCACACACACAUAUUUAUUAUUCAGUCUAUCAGUGCUUUUUUACAGGAUGAAUAAUUGUGGAUUUUUCUUGGUGGUAUUAAGCAGAACAAAAUACUAUUAAGAUCAGCAAAUUUAUACUGAUCUGAUAAACAUAGACUUUUUUUAAAAAAAAAAUCCAAUAAAGUGCAAUAAACAUAUAACUAGAAAAACUGGUGCAUUAUUAAUAUUUCCACAUUUGGAAAAUGAUUCUGUAUUAUAUUGUGACUCAACAUUUUUAAUGUAAGUAUUAACACAAUGUCUC